AUGGAGACGGGGUGUGGAGAGAGAACUCAGGCUGCAGCGGUUGAAAGCCUGCAGAGGAGUCUUCAGACCACUGUCCGUCCUGCCUCCUGCUGGACACGGGCUCGGGGCGGUAUCUGCAAAACAGCUCAAAGGUAUCUUUCUGUGUAUCCCUGGAUGGGGAACCACGACCCUGCCCGCAAGGCUCCUGUCCUGUGCCACCUGAUUCCCGAAGGCCUGGGAAUGGCCUUCCUCUCUGUGUUCCUAAACUUUCUGUUACUUGAUGAGAUAUCACAGUGCAACCCUCAGCUGCCAUCAGAUGGUAAAACCAUAGUGGAGUGCAAGAUUUCGCUGCUUUUUGGGAUGAGGAGAGCUUUCAAAGUAUUAGCACAUUUUGAACUUCAAGUACAUACGUUUGUAAUGUUAGACUUUAUAGGAUUGGACAGACAAAAUGCUGCAGUAUGGAAUGGGUUAGCUAACAGUGCACGUGUAGUGAAUGUGCAGCCAUGUGCUGGAGCUAAAGAUACAGACGUGAGCAGGACCCAGACACCUCUGCCCUCCAGAGGCAGCCAGGUUCUGGGGCGAGACAGAUACGCAGGCAGAUUAUUUCAGCCCAGUGUGUCGUCACUGUUGAGUGCGGUGCUGGGGGAGCUGCCCCCGAGUCAGGGGCUGGUCCUCGUGCACGGGAGGAUCGCGUAUGUUUCUCAGCAGCCCUGGGUGUUUUCAGGAACUGUGAGAAGUAAUAUUCCAUUUGGGAAGAAAUAUGAAAAAGAACGAUAUGAAAAAGUAAUAAAGGCUUGUGCUUUGAAAAAGGAUUUAGAGGUUUUGGAGGAUGGAGACCUAACUGUGAUAGGAGACCGGGGAACCACGCUGAGUGGAGGGCAGAAAGCCCGCGUCAACCUCGCAAGAGCCGUGUAUCAGGAUGCAGACAUCUACCUCCUGGACGAUCCGCUCAGUGCAGUAGAUGCAGAAGUGAGCAGGCACCUGUUCGAACUGUGUAUUCGCCAAGCCUUGCACGAGAAGAUCACAAUCCUAGUGACUCAUCAGUUGCAGUACCUAAAAGAUGCAAGUCAGAUUCUGGUACCGAAAGAUGUUGCCUACGUCCUUCAGGAUUGGUGGCUUUCAUACUGGGUGAAUGGACAGAGUAUACUGUAUGCCAUGGUGUAUGGAAAAGGAAACCUAAUUGUGGUGCCUGAUCCUGACUGGUACUUUACAGUUUAUUCAGUUCUAACUGUAGGUACUGUCCUUUUCAGCAUCACAAGAUCUCUGUUGAUGUUCUGCGUUCUUGUUAAUUCUUCACAAAUUUGGCACAACAAAAUGUUGGAGUCCAUUUUGAGAGCUCCGGUAUUGUUCUUUGAUAGAAAUCCAAUAGGUAAGUCGGACACCAAGUUUCUCAGCAUAUAUGUCUUGUUAAUGCAUUUAGUGCCUGAUUACAUUUGCUGUGAUUUGAAUUUGGUCAAAGAUAGGUUCGGAGAGAAUCUUCAUGUCCAGGCCAUUAAAGUGAAGCUUGGUGUGAGCAGCAGGAGUUGGAGGUUUCAUGUGGAGGACCCUCUACAGAAGGGGCGUCAGCCCUCUUCUCCCAGGCAGCCCGCCGGGAGGCCCUUUGGCAGGAUGUGCAACCACAGAGCACGGGAGGCAGUUGGUUUCCUUGCAUCCAGCCUCCCUGACUUUCUCUAUUGUUUGUCUCUUGGCUCUGCUUCCCCAGCACGGAGCCUGGUGUUUUCCCACUUAUCAUCUUCUCUCCAAGGACUCUGGACCAUCCGGGCGUACAAAGCCGAAGAGAGGUUUCAGGAACUGUUCGAUGCACACCAGGACUUGCAUUCAGAGGCUUGGUUACUGCUUUCGACUACGUCCCGAUGGCUCGCUGUGCGUCUGGAUGUCAUCUAUGCCACCUUUGUACUUGUUGCCUUUGUGUCCCUGAUUCUGGCAGAAACUUUGGAUGCCGGGCAGGUUGGCCUGGCGCUGUCUCUCGCCCUCACGCUCAUGGGGCUGAUCCAGUGGUGCGUCUGGCAAAGCGUCAAAGUUGAGAAUAUGAUGAUUUCAGUAGAAAGAGUGAUUGAAUAUACAGACCUUGAGAAAGAAGCACCCUGGAAAUACUUCUUUCAUCGUCCACCACCAGCCUGGCCCCAUGAAGGAAAGAUUUUCUUUCAAAAUAUUAACUUAAGGUACAGCUUGGAUGGGCCUCUGGUAUUGAAGGACCUGACAGCAGUCAUUAACUCAAGAGAAGAGGUUGGCAUUGUGGGAAGAACAGGAGCUGGAAAAAGUUCCCUCAUCGCUGCCCUUUUUAGUCUGUUAGAACCUGAAGGUGAAAUUUCCAUCGAUGGGAUCCUGACAUCCAUAAUUGGAUUUCACCAUUUAAGGAAGGAAAUGUCAGUUGUACCUCGGGUUGGCAUUGUGGGAAGAACAGGAGCUGGAAAAAGUUCCCUCAUCGCUGCCCUUUUUAGACUGUUAGAACCUGAAGGUGAAAUUUCCAUCGAUGGGAUCCUGACAUCCAUAAUUGGAUUUCACCAUUUAAGGAAGGAAAUGUCAGUUGUACCUCGGCAAAAAAAAAAAAAAAAAAAAAAAAGGUGUUCCGAAGGUAAAAUGGAUACUGAAUUAGCAGGAUCAGGAUCGAACUUCAGUGCUGGACAGAGACAACUGGUGUGUCUUGCUAGGGCUAUUCUCAGGAAAAAUCAGAUAUUGAUUAUUGACAAAGCCACAUCAAAUGUGGACCCAAGAACUGAUGAGUUAACCAAAAAAAUCCAUGAGAAAUUUGUUCAGUGCACUGUGCUAAAUCACAGAUUGACCACCAUUAUUGACAGCGACAGGAUAAUGGUUUUGGAUUUAGGGAGACUGGAAGAAUACGAUAAGCCAUAUCAUUUGCUGCAAGAUAGAGACGGCCUGUUUUACAAGAUGGUGCAACAACUGGGCAAGGACGAGGCUGCUGCCCUCAUUGAAACAGUAGAACGGGUGCACUUCAAAAUGACAUAGCCAGAUAUUACUCACAGUGACCAUGUGGUUAUGAACGCUUCCAAUGGACAGCCCUCAGCCUCAACAAUUUUUGAGUAAGCACCGUGAUUCUACCAUGAGGUCAAGUCUAUUCUGAAGGCAUUUCUCCAAUAGUCUUUGCACUGCAUAAGCUAUAUUGUAUUUUCUUUACACCAGCAACAAAUAUUUACACAUACAAGAUGUUUAUUUGGAUUAUUUUCUCCAACUUCUCCCAACGAGUCUAAGCUCUUACAAAAGGAUGAUUUUUAUUAUAUUAUUUUUUUUUCUUACCUAAUCAGAGGUACAGGCCACCAAUAAAAGCUGUCUCCCAGUUUUUGUGCCUUGAGAGACUCCAGAGACAAAGCACAUUUUCUAAGGUGCAAGACAAAGUUGUCACAGAUGUUUCUUACUAUUCCCCAAAUUAUAUACCCCUGUCCAAUUAUAUCAGGGAUUCUAUUUAGUUGAAGUGUGUGAAGUUGCCAUUUUGUCUCACCACUUCCUUUAACAGAACUGGGUUCCAUACCCAAAGACCUCUGGUUAAAAUAGUAAAUAGUAAGAGAAAACUAAUAGGAAAAACAAAAAAUAUACCUUAGUGUAAAUGACAUUAUAUGAGAGAGAGGCAGCCCCUCUCCAGAAAAAAAAAAUAGAUAUAUGGUUAAAAUACAGAAGGACAAUAUUAUAUGUUCUAAAAGAGAAAGGAGAGAAAAUAUACUUUUUCAAAAUAGGAGCCCUUCUAGGGAAUUUCAUAAUGAAGGACAGAUGUGUGAUCAAUUGUCUUUUAGACUGAAGAUCUUAUUUUUUAAUUUUUUUUAUUGUGGUAAAAUAUAUAUAACAUAAAAUUUGCCAUAUAACCAUUUUUAAACAUACAAUUAGUGUCAUUAAUCACAUUUACAGUGUUGUACAACCAUCAAUGUCUGGUUAAUUUUUGGUAAUUAUUUUAGGACUAUUCAAUUUGUUAUUUCUAUAGAGUCAUUUUUGGUAUGUUUUAUUUCUCUAGGAGUGGAUCUCCUGUAAGUUUUGAACUUGAUUGAUGUAAAGUUAUUCACAAUAUCUUAUAUGUUUAAACUCUGCAGCACCUGUAAUUGUGUUUUUUUGCUUUUUAUGGCUUGACUGAUCCUUUCUGGUUUUUUAAACAUUUUCUAGUUCAUUAUAUUAUUCUUUCUUUCCUUCAACUUUUCAUUUAUUUUGAGAUUUUUUUUCUCAAUUCUUAAGCUGGAAACUUAGAUUAAUUUUUAACUUAAUUCUUUUUCUAAUAUAAGUACAUAAAGCAUACUUUUGUUUCUUAAGACCCACCUUAGCUGCAACCUACAAGUUUUGGUGCUUAGCACUGAUCAAUAACCACAGUAUUAGGUAUUUUCUAAUUUCUAAUUUAACUCAGUCAUAUCACCAAAGGUAACCACAUUCACCCACAAAGUCCUUGUUUCCACCAUUUUGUAUUUUAUUUGGUGAUUCUAAAAUGUUAUAUGUGUAACCAGUAAUUUUCAAAUAAAAAUCCU